CGGCGGCUCCCGCGGGCGAGGCGGGACGGGCCGGGCCCUCCGUCCGCACGGCACCGACCUGCCCGGGUGAAGAAGCACAGAGAAGAAGCACGGGGAGAGUGACAAAGCCCAAGUGCCCAGCCAGCCCUGGCCUCCAAGAUGUCCUUGAAGGUGCAGACGAGCAACAUCACCAACAAGAAUGACCCCAAAUCCAUCAACUCACGCGUGUUCAUCGGCAACCUGAACACGGCGGUGGUGAAGAAGUCGGAUGUGGAGACCAUCUUCUCCAAGUACGGCCGCGUGGUGGGCUGCUCCGUGCACAAGGGCUACGCCUUCGUGCAGUACUCCAACGAGAGGCACGCGCGCGCCGCCGUGCUGGGCGAGAACGGCCGCGUGCUGGCCGGACAGACGCUGGACAUCAACAUGGCUGGGGAGCCCAAACCCAACAGACCCAAAGGGCUGAAGAGAGCAGCCUCUGCCUUGUACAGUGGCUACGACUUCGACUAUGACUAUUACAGAGACGACUUCUACGACAGGAUCUUCGAGUACCGGGGCCGGGUGUCGCCGGUGCCGCGGGUGGUGCCGGUGAAGCGGCCGCGCGUCACCAUCCCCCUGGUGCGGCGCGUCAAGGCCUCGCUGCCCGUCAAGCUGUUCGCCAGGUCGGCCGCCAUCGCCAACAGCUCGGCCAAGAUCAAGUUGAAGAGCAGUGAGCUGCAGACGAUCAAAACUGAGCUGACACAGAUCAAAUCCAACAUUGACGCUCUCCUGGGCCGGCUGGAGCAGAUUGCUGAGGAACAGAAGCUGUCUGCAGAGGCCAGGAAGAAGGAGAGCAGCAAGAGCGAGGUGUCCCAGGAGGACACGGCCUCCGAGGCCGAGGCCGCCGCGGAGGAGCCGCUCAACGGGGACGAGGAGGAGGGGCUGGCACGGGAGGAGUGUGAAGAUGAACUGGAGAACAGCCAUUACACAGACGUGGAGGAUGCCAGGCUACAGUAACCAGCUGUGAGCAACAGUGUGAGGAAAGCACGAGGCUAAACCCUGUCCUGGCACGUUGAGCAAGACAAGCUGAAUGGAAGUGCUGCUGUCAUCUCUACCUGGCAUUCAAAGGAGAAACAUGGCCCGACAUCUUCCAUCCAUCUGUAAAGCAAAGGCAAAGAAAACUCAUCCUCCCAGCAGAUCCCCACCACCCCUGCAAUGGAUUUGGAGCUCUGCAGCCUGCAGAGGAGGCAGGAGCCAAACCUGCACAGCCCAGAGCCACCACAGAGACCAGGAGAGCAGGUGUGUCCCCAGGAGAGCCAGAGGUGCUCUGGAGCUGCUUGCAGGAGAGCAGAGAAAACUCAGCCCAGCCCAAUAAAGACGUUUUUGCUGUGCAAGGUGAGAGCCAGAGCAUUUCCUAACUGAGGGGAGAGUAGUGUCUCAGUCUGGACAGUCUGUGUUCUUGUGCUGAAGAUCCUGUUGAGUCAGAGGCUGUGGGGUGUCCUCCAGCACGGCCCCCUCUGUCACCUCUCUUGUGCCCCAUGAGCUGCUGUGUGUCCACGGUCACCUCCAGGUGGAAAGGAGUUGGUGCUGGAGCUGCUGCUGUGCUCUGGGAAGCUGCUUUAAGAGGGGAGAGGAAGCUGCAGGAAAGCAAGUGAUCCCAAGCCGGAGAAAGCAAGCACACGUCACCCUCAGUAGUUUGAUGUCCUCAUUCUCCACCGUGUCAGGGCUGAGCAAGCCUCUGCAGAGUGAGGGGUGCGAGCAGGCGUGGAUGAGACCCUUUCCUUGGACCAGCUGCUCCUGGAGCCAUCAGCCCCUUCCCUGGCUGCCCACAUCUCCUCCUGCCCCAGCCAGGACACAGCAGGAGAGCGCUGCGGCCGCUCCCGCUGCUGCCUGAGCUCCAGCACUGGUGACAGCGUGCCAGGGCUGGGGACAGGGAGUACCCCCAGCACCGUGCAUGUGGGUGUGCCAGCACCUCCCCUGCUCCCCAGCUCCCCAGCUCCCAGCUGCUUUGUCCCCUGGCCCGUGCUGUGAGCAGAGGGCUUGUUGUGGGGGCCUUCUCCUCCUCGUUUCUCUUUCCUGGGCUCAUCCCGUUUUCCCGGGGUGGACGGGACUGAAACUCACGCAGCACUUUAUUCAGACCUGGUGUGUGCUGCCCAUACCUUCCCCUUCAGAAAACACACACACAGGCACACAGACACACACACACAUACACACAUCAGUGCUUGGAACCCAGAGCAGUGUCCACACCUUCCCCCUGGCCAGUUCCUCCCACACAACACCUGCGUGCUCCUGAGUGCUCCAACCUCAUCCACUGCAUCUCUUGGAAGGGGAAGGGAAAACAGCUCCAGGGGUGACACUUCCCUGUCCCUGGUGCCAUCCUGGAGCACGCAUGGCUCUUGAAGCACAAAGUUUUCUUUGCAUUUCUUGGUUUGGGCUGCUUGAGGAGGGGUUGGAGGAGACCCGUGCUUGCCCCGCCCUUGCCCGGUUCCUGUGCAAGGUCUGCACUGAGUUGUCCUGAGCUGUUCUCCAGGCCUGGAGAGAUGAGCUGCAGGUUUGGCUGUGAACUGACUGCUGCUGUUGUUUGGGAGAGAGGUGACCUUGUACAUACAAUCCUGUAUAAUAAAAGAAAGACAUCUAA